AUGCACGCGAGGCUGGCACCGCUGUGGGACAUGGCGAGCCUCGUGGCGGUCAACGGGACUGUCGUCAUCGUCUCCGCCAACGCAGGCGAGUCGCCAAUGCAGGCGAGUCGCCAAUGCAGGCGAGUUGUCUGGCAUGAUAUCGUAUUUGGGGCUGCGCGCUCCUUCCUGGGCCAACUCGGAAACCCCUCUUUUCCGCCCAUCCCCCCCCCCCCCCCCCUUUUCCCCCCUCCUUUGCCACAAGCAGGCUACGAGGAGAUGCUGGAGAACUGGGCACUACACGCGGACAAAGUGGGCCUUCAAGGGCACUACAUCAUCUUUGCUGCGGAGAAGCAGAGCUUUGACUAUGCCAACAAGAAAUGGCCGGGGCAGGCCCUUCUGCUGGAUUUGGAGGGUCAGUUUGUGCACGAGGACGAGAACGUAGACGUGUCAAAAGCCAUCGGGAUCAACUCGGCCGGCUUUCACCGAGUGGCAUCCCGCAGGGCCGUCUACAUCCUGCACCUCCUCGCCUUUGGCUUCUCCGUCCUCUACUCCGAUAUCGACAUCGCUCUCCUGCAAAACCCCCUCCCAUUCUUUGCUCCCCUCUCCUCGCUUGCCUCCCCUUCACCCGACCCCACAUCCCCUCCUGCUCCUCCUCCGCCAAAAGAAUUCGACGUGUUCAUCACCGCAGAUCAAGCCUGGACGAACGGCCCAGAUCACACGGUUAGUCUGGCCGAGCCGGGCCUUCCCAUGGUCAUGUGCUCCUGCUUCCUCUUCUUCCGAACGUCCGCCGGAGCUAAGGCUCUCGCAUCCAUGUGGGCAUUUAGCAUGGUGGCGAGAGGGCAUGAAAUCGGGCUAGACCAGGACCAUUUACUCAAUGUGAUCAAGAUUAUGAGAGAGCGGGGAAUUGAGGCGAAUAUUGGCGUGUUGCCCGGGAAGAAAUUUCCGUCGGGCGAGUUGAUGCAGAAUGACAUGAUGGGGUUUUUGGGGUUGAAGCCGGGGGUGGUGAUGGUGCAUGCGAACUAUGUGGUGGGGAAGCGGAAAAAAAUCGAGAGGUUGAUUGAGGCUGGGGUGUGGCUGCUACCGCCGCCGGCGCCAGAGGGAGAGGAGGAGAGCAAGGGAGAGGGAGGGAGUGGUGGGAGUAGCAGCGGUGGUGAUGGUUCUGCUGGUGCUGGUGCUGCUGCUGCUGCUGCUGCUGCUUCUGGUGGGGAAGGCGAGGAAGGGGAGGAGGAGAUGGAGAGGAGGCUGAUGGGAGUGGCGGAGUGGGUGCCGUCACAUGUGGAUGCGGUCUUGAAAGUGGCACCUGGUGUGGCCCGGGAUGGGCCGCUCAUUCUCACCGUGCUCUGCCAUGCAAGCGAAUCGGACCUGUUCAUGAGUUGGCUGGGGGCCAUUUCAAAGCUCGGCCUUUCAACCAACUUCCUUGCCUCUGUUGCCAGUCAGGUACCUUUACCUGCUAACGCCCCUGCCAACCAUGUCAUUCGCCAGCCCACCUCUGCUGCGUCAACUGGUGGCAGUGGGAGUGAGGAGAAGGGAGGAGAGAAGGUGGAGGAGCGGGACAGGCUAGCGUGUCUGCUCAUGCCGGCGCUGCUGGCCUCGCGCCUCCUCGCUGCCAACAUCUCAGUGCUGUUCAGCCAACUAAACAAUCCCUCCUUUCCCACCACCGCCCACGUCAGUGACCCGUCAACUGCAUGGCUUCGCAACCCUCUGCCUUUCCUCCCAGCUACCUUCUCCGUCAUCCUCCCCUCCACCUCCCACUCCUCCACCCCCCCAAUUCUCGACACCACCGCUCCCACCCCUCUCAACCGCUCCCACCUUGGCUCUCUCUCUCCCUGGUUGUUGCUGCUCCGCCCCUUCUCUCCCUCCUCCUCCACUCAACCCCCUUCCUCUCCUUCCGCCACCCCUGCUCAAACCUCCUCCACUCAUGCUCUCGCCCUCUCAUGGGGGUUACAAGCAUUCAAGGCUCUGUCCAAAGAACCGUCUCUUUCAAACAAGGCGGAGGGGGAUAGUGAGAGCACACCCCUUGCCUUGUCAGUGGCCGUGCAGAGUGCUCUUAACCAUGCCAUUGCACGUGUGGUGGAAGGUGAACAGGCAAGCGAACGGGCAGGUGAACGGGCAGCUGAAGGGGCAGGCGAAGGGGCAAGUGGCGAAGGAAUCACGAUUGGGAUUUUGCCUGCGUUUUUGUUUCCGCCGAGUGUGCUAGUGUGUGAGGAGAGGCAGUGGGUGCAGCAGCAUAGGGGGGAGGUGGUGGCGUUUCACAACAGCUGUGGGGCCAGCAUGGAGAGCAAGGCUUCAUUGCUGAAGGAGCUGCAGUUGUGGGUGGAUGGGUGA